AUGUGGCCUUGCCUUGCCACGGAGUGGCUAUUUGGAAUGGCACAAAGAGGAUCUAGAGAGGCUAAUGUUGAUAUGUCAUAUUUGCACCCACUUUAUCAAUUCCCUCAAGACAUGCCACAAGAGAUUUUGGAAAGGUUUAACAAUCGCUUGGAAUGGUUACAUUCAAGAAAUAUCGUGAUUGCUCCUACUAUUGAUUGGGAUUGGUUGGAUCACCGAGGAAUAAUGGAUCAAGUGAAUCCUUACUUGAAUAAAUUUUUUGAGGGUGAUGGAAUGUCAUUCGUUUGUAAUGGGUGGAGGAACAUUUUUGGAAUUCAAGAAGUGGUUCGCUACAGUUAA